CCAGCGUAUGGCAUCAAGGUUUAAGACCUCGCCAUUUUUUGUAUUGCUAUGGUGUGAAUGUUAAUGCUUAUCCACAUAUGCAGCUCGUUCUAACUGCGGAAGCGUAUGCUUCCUCCAAGGCGAACCCUAUCGUUUUAGCACUACAUACUAUGUACAGCCUUAGAACAUGGAUUAUUGAUCGCAGAAGCAGGGGCUGAGCUCCCCGACACACCUUGGCUUGGCGUCAGCGGCGGUGCCUUCGUGGGGCCAACCGAACAACAUUUGGACUCCCUGCGGCCCGAUAUCGCCAAUGCAAUCAUGGAGCUCGAUCGCGAGAAUCCGUUGCCGCUCUCUCGCUUACGAGGGGGGCCCGACGUACACUGGCAGGAUUGGUCUCCAGAGUUGGAGACUGCGUACUUGGAGCAGCUUGCAGGCGUCGAGCGGCUCGAGGACGCAGCGUCAUUGCAGCUGGUUGUUAAUACCGUCGCUGGCGGCACCAUAGACCACCUCGGGGGCACGCUGCCCAACCUGCAAGAGCUCAACCUUAACGGCAGCAUGCUGGACUCCCUACGCGACUUGGGCACCGGCUUCCGCCUGCUGCAGGUGUUGUGGGUCUCCCGCUGCGGCCUUAAAGACCUCGACGGUCUAAAUGGCCUCCCCUCGCUGCGCGAACUCUAUGCGGCCUACAACGACAUAGCCGACCUGCAGCCGGUGGAUGCCUGCCAGCACCUAGAGGUCCUGGACGUGGAAUGCAACUGCAUCGCAGACGCAGACAACGUGUUGUACCUCGUCUCCUGCACCAACCUGCAAACCCUCUCGCUGGCAGGUAACCCAGCGGCGGAGCAACCCGACUACCGCCGUACGGUCUGCGCGGCGUUGCCCUCCCUGCAGUGUCUGGAUGACGAACCCGUCACGUCUGCAGACCGCGAUCCGCAGCACCCGCAGCAUGACGGGAGCACAGGAAUGGGCAGCGUAGCCGCCAGCGGCGCAGUACUAUCAGGGUUCAACUGGGUCGUGACGGCGCCGUCGUCGUCGGCGGCGGGGCCGUCAUCACUGCCGCUGCCGCCGCUCCGGGCUGCCGCCGCAGCAGCAGCCGUCAGCACUAGCAGCGCAGCGUUCGAUAGCCCGUCAGACACCGCUGCCAGCACACUAACCGCAGCCGCGCAUGCAUCAUCAUCUGCUGCUUCCACCUCUCGAACUGGAACCCCAGGAGCUCCCGCAGACGCAGAAGAGGUCGCGCUAGUGGUGGCGGGCAUCAAGCACGCGCGGGUGGGUGUUGACUCGCAUGAGUUCCGAGAAAUAGAGAUGAACCUUCUGGUGGCUACGGCGGACGGCACGGACGUGCAGCUGGAUGUGCGGCCCGGCUCCUCCACGCUGCUGCCCGCCAGCGCCAGCACCUGGGUUCGCACGCUGCGCAGCAGUCGCGAGGGCAGCCUAGCGGCGCUGCGUGCCUCGCAUGCAGCCGCAGCGAGCGCCCGCACGGGGUCGCAGUCCUCUGGAUCGCCAUGCAGCGCUAGUCCCAUUAGCAGCCGGCCGCCUAGCGCGCCGCACCAGCAGCAGCAACAACAGCAGCAACGGAGUCCGGCGCUCUCGCAGCACCAGCAGCAGCCGCAGCAGCAGGAGCGCUGGGCGGUGCUUACAGGCGCGGGCGCCGCGCUAGGCAUGUCGCUUGGAUUCGGGGGUGGUGGCAUGCGGGGGCACGGCAGCUGGACGGGGAACGGGGGCAUGGGGGCUGGCGGGUAUGGUGGGAUGGUGACGGCGGAGAGCCCUCGCCGGCCUGGCAGCGGGGGCUACCGGUUGGGCACUCCGGGGUCAGCCGGCCGGCCUUUCAGCGCCCGACCGGGCACGUCCGCGUCCUUUUCAGCGCGCGUGAGUACCUCUGCCAGCACUGGAACGGCGCCAUCAUCGGCCACGGUAGGGUUGUACUGGGCAAAGAACCGCAUUGGCGCCAGUGGAGCCAAUGGGGCCGGCGGUGGCAACGUGGAUACGGGUGCUUGCAGCGGCCACGGCGGGACGGCUUCCUCAGAUGAUGCAGAGGGUGCGGUCUGCAGCAGCAAGCUCACGCAGGGCUCGGACACCACCUUUGGCGCCAGUCUCGCGCGGGACCUGCGGAAAUGGAAGGGCGCGGCGGUACGGGCGGCGGCGGCUUCCACGUCCGCUGGCGGCGCGGAUGCUAGCGGCGACGCGCCAGCAGCUGAAGGACCCACGGGUCACUGCGGCGGCGGCAACGCCCUCUCGCAGACGCUGCUGCGUGGUGGCCAGCUGGACCCCAAGGCGCUGCUAGAGGAACUCAAGAGGUGGAAGCUGGAAACGGCAGACCGGGUGCUCUUUGUUGACCCAGAUGAGGCGCCCGUGGAGGGGUGCUGGGCGGGGUCCGAGGGGCCGGAGCUGGCGGCCGGUGGCGGCGGAGGCAUGGGCAUGGGUGGCGGACACCGGCCGGAUGUGCUGAGUCUUAGCAGCAGCCAUGAUGUGGCUGCCUCGUCGGAGCUGGGGGGCGUGCUGGGGGUUGGGAUAGGCUUGGGUCUGGGGUUGCUGGAGCCAGGGCCGGAGCCCGGCAUGUCGCCGAUGGUUCCCAGCAGUCCGCUGCAGCCGCCGCGGCCGCCUGCGGGGGCUGCGGCUGCCGUACGGCGGAAGAUGGUGCUGGCGAAGGUCCUGCGUGACGUGGCAGCGGACAGCAUCGGCAGCAGCGGCGCGUCUAUCUCGGAGAUUCUGGCGGGGCUGCGACCGGUGCACUCACCGGCCGGCUUCAUGGUUGGGAGUCCCCAUCACAAGCCAGGCAUUGCUUGGGGCGCACCUCUUGGCAACGGCGAUAUGCAUGAGCGGGACGGGGAACACCGCGCUAGCGCCUCUCCCGCCUCGCAGCACCAACGGCAUCAGCAGCAACAUCACCAUCACCAGCAUGCAUCUGCUGCGGCCCAGCAGCAACACCAGCAGCAACAGCGGUCGCACCGGCCCAGCUCGGCUCGCUCUACUUGUUCUUCGUCAGGGCAAUCAGAUUACGGGCACACGUGUUCAUAUUCUAGCAGGCCGGGGUCACGGGAAGAGGAGGGGUCGACGGCGAUGUCCGCCGGCAUUGGGAGCAGUUACACGCAGCAGCACAGCUCGUCCUCGCUGCAACGGCAGAAGUCGGGCAGUCGCGCGCCGGGGAUUCCAGUGGGGCCGUCGGGACAUGCGGGGAUGUACAAGGUGAUGUCGGUGGCUGGAGAGGUGGAUGUACGAUCCUCAAACCCAAACCCUGUCGUACGGCUUGGACACGGGUGACUCUGUACGCGGGAACGGCGGGAUUCUUUUACCAGCAGCUGCGGCGUUGCUCACGAUGCGUUUGCAUGUCCAUGUUGUCGUUUGGGUUGUGAACACGAGGUUCGGUGACACCCGAUUGAAACAACAACAACGGCAACGGCAAGAACCACAGCGUUGUGCAAAAGGGACGACGGACGGGUCACAGCGCUGUCCUGCAGUUCGUCUUGACAAGCCGUUGCUGACGUGUGUGACACCGGCACCGCUUCGCCCUGCUUGACAUGGAAGAAGGGUGCGGGUGGAGAGAGCAAGGGCCAGUUUGUAGCAUACAAAAGAGGACUCUCGCAUUCAUGGCCGCUGCGAAUUGCCGCAUGUUGGAGCUCCUGCUUGCUCACGUGACACCUCGUGUGAUGUGCCUGAUGUGGUGCGAAGACCCUGGUGGACAGGUGUUGUAGAUGUGUGCUAUGUAUUACGACGAAUGGUUGUGGACAGCACUUUUUUGCCUUCUCUAGACAGACCAGGGAUAAGCAGAUGCCAGGGUUGGGAGGCAUAACACUACAGUGUGGAGUUAGGUCAUACCGGUACUUGGUGGGGUUGGCUCGGCUGUCCUUCCCUAAGACAGAACCGUAAAACAACGGUGCGCUCCGAUUGCAUAUGGGAACCAUACGCAGCACUAAAGGUGUGACGAAUGCGAUAUGUAUGUGUAUGUUGGUCCUGCGGGCUCUCUGGGCGCGUGUAUCCCCGGAUUGCCAGCUUUCGCAGCCGAGAUGGCAGCAAGCGGCACACAUGCUCGUGCGUGACGUGGUGUUUGCGUGGUGCAUGGUGCUAUGUUUAGUUUCUUCAGACGGAUAGCUUUUACUUUUCGUCAACAGUGCUUCGUCAACCGUGUUUUGUCAACAGCUGCAGGGUAGCUAGUAUGAGGGUUCGGUUCUUGCAUGUGUUACCGUGUACCGGGGCCCUAUGCAGCGUCGUCGUCCGGGAGGGACUGCUGUGCACCUUUGCGUGGUGUGCGAUUGACCGCAAUCAGACGCGGUGGCGAGACGUGGCACCGGUGUUGUUGUGCAACAGGAGAACAGGACGGUCGUGGGAGAGUUCGCCGUGCCCGUAGCAUGCCAUUACAUGUAUAUACUUGGUACGUACAUGCUCGAAUACAUUUA